AUGCGGUACCUCACUCAACCCCCACAUUCGGAGACCCUAGAGGUGUUGAACAUCCAACAGCAAGAAGAUCUGGCUGAUCUCCAGCAGCAGAUUUCGGAUGGCAUUCUAUCGAGCUCUCCGCAGCUGCCCUCGCUCUUAUUAUGGAACGAUGAAGGCAUCGCACUCUUCGAUAGAUUUUCCCAAUCCCCUCCCUAUUAUUUGAACAAGAAGGAGCUAGAGAUUCUUGCUCACCAAGGCGAUGAUAUUGCUAGUCGGAUCCCUCCUAAUGGCGUACUGAUUGAACUUGGAUCUGGAAGCCUGCAUAAAACAAGCCUCAUCCUCUCCGCCUGCGAGCGACAACGACGGCCAGUGCUGUACUACGCCCUCGAUGUCUCGAUCGGAGAACUCACUGAAAGCCUUACAAGUCUAAUGAAGAGAAUGGGACCAACCCAAUUUGUAAAGGUUAGGGGAUUGCUAGGGACCUAUGACGAUUGUGUGGCCUGGCUGGCCAGUGAUCCUAAGAUGGUUAUCCAAAGUUCCGUUACCUUUCUCUGGAUGGGCAACAGCAUCGCCAAUCUCCAACCUGAUGAUGCCAGUUUGCUCUUAUCCCGAUUUUCUCAUAUUUGCACAAAGCAGGGCGUCCGCUGUCAAUUCAUAGUCGCCGCCGACGCUUGCACCCACAAGACUACGAUCAUGGCCGCAUACGAUACAACGAAAAGGCCUCUACAUGAUUUUCUGCUGAAUGGUCUUCGACACGCGAAUACGGUUAUGGGACAUAAUGUUUUCCAAACCAGCGAUUGGACGUGCGCAGUUGAAUUUAACGAUCGCGCGAACGUCCUUAAUACGUACUACAUUCCGCGCCGUGACUUGCAGCUUGACAUCAAUGGAAUCGCUGUAGAGUUUCGCAAAGGGGAUCAGGUCUUGGCCAUCACCAGCGGCAAAUGGACAGAGAAGGAUUUUCAUGCAGUCAGUGUAAACGCUGGUCUCCAUAUCGCCGAUACCUGGAGAGACAUGAGUCGUAUCUAUUGUAAAAAUGUGCCCAAUCCCGCUUCGCGCUGA